AUGGGCGACUCGUCGUCUCUGGGCGGAGCGCUGAUCGCCGCGGGCGCAUGUGUGUUGCUGCUGUUCUGUGUGAUCGUGCUGUGCGCCAGCUACUGCCACAGUUUGGACGACGAUGUGGCCAUCGACUCGGUGGAUCUUCGCAGUUUGCAGUUGCGCGAGGACCUGGUGGACACGGUGCUGGAUGCAGGACGCAGCGAGUGGCAAUGUUUGGUCUGUGCGCAUAUGAAUCACCCAAAUCAUGAACUGUGUCUGCUGUGUGGCACGUCGGCCGAGUUCUCCACGAUGGAGGAGACGGUAGAAGACCCUAAUACGCACAUACGAACUCGGCGAGUGGCCCGCACCACCAUCCUAGGCACAGACAACGGCACAUUACUGAGCUCUACGCUGCUGGAGAACCUGGUCACCAGUUCAGACUCUAAUCCAGUGAUGGGAGACGCAGAGAGCUCUAAAUCUUCUUCAGCCACUCUACAUAAAGCCAAGACGCUGCCCAUGCUACGCAGCGAAUCGUCCUUUGGUGACACAACUCAGGAACUGGAGGCCACAACGAGCAUGAGACAGAGAGCCUUACGCUACAGGAGACUGAACGAGAUGCAGUUGAACCAGAAACAGAGAGGUGCGAGCAGGAGAAGACUGUGGCAACGAGUGCCACUGCCCAAUGGAGGCUUCGUGUGGGUCAGAACGAUGGAACCUGCAGCUGCUGGCUCGGUGUUUGCACGUGCUGAUUCGUUCGUGAAUAAACUCCGGAACAACUCGUUCCUAUCCAAAAAUCCACAGGCGAAGAACUUGCGUGGAGAUUUAGCAGAGCAAUUGCAUCGGAAAAACGCGGCGUCGAUGGGAUUUUUCACGGAACUCAAUGCGUCGGGUACAGCUGUAGCGUGGAGGAAAACGGACUCGGUAGCGUUGGAUGUGGACCCGAAAGGUGGAGAUGGAGAACCCUUGGUGGACUUUGAAGGUGUGCUGGCCAUGACUUGGAGAGAAAAGAAACGCUGGUUCCUCAAGCAGAUCACCAACCUCGCUGUGCCGUAUACUGAGUCCAUGUUCAAAAUCGACGUGCGUCGUAGUGCCAUCUUGGACGAUUCAUUGCCGCAACUGGCUGGAGAUGAGGUCGACAAGUCCAGGAUGCAGGAACACUUGAAUAUCGGCUUUAUUGGCGAGCCAGCAUUGGAUGCUGGUGGUGUCUUGCGUGAGUGGUUCGGACUUGUGUGUAAAGAGCUUUUCAGCGCUGAACGCGGCCUAUUCGUGACGACACACGCAGAGGAUUCCAGUUAUUGGAUUAAUUCGGAGUCCGCCAAGUGCGUGCCGGAAGGACAGGACCAUCUGCAGUAUUUCACGUUCGCUGGGAGGCUUCUGGGCAAGGCGAUUCUGGAUGGUUUGGUGCUGGAAGUAAGCAUGUCACUGCCGUUGUUGAAGCACUUGCUGGGCGUCCCAAUUACCUUCUCCGAUCUGGAAUUUCUGGACGAGGAGCUUUAUAAACAUUUGUGCUGGGUACGGGAUAAUGACCACGUGGAUGCUUUGUGUGUGACUUUCAGCAUUCAAACCCCAUCGGGCGAGAUGGUGGAGCUCAAGCCUGACGGAGAAAACGUUGAUGUGACCGACGAAAACAAGACGGAGUACUUAUCGCUCGUGUUGCGAUACCGUAUGUUGGACAGCGUGGCUGAUCAGCUCACAGCGCUACUAAAGGGACUGUACGAGGUGAUCCCGAAGUCUCUCCUCACGAUCUUCGACUAUCAAGAGCUGGACUUCUACCUCAGUGGACUACCUACACUAAAUGUGGCAGAUUGGAUGAACAAUUCUCGCGUUCGACACUGUGCCUCGGACGACGAUUCAGAGGGAAUCGAGCAAGAACUCGAGGUGCUCCAGUGGUUCUGGGAUGUCGUUGGCUGUUUCACCGAUGACCAGCGAGCUCGACUUCUACAGUUUGCAACAGGCUGCUCACGUGUACCUGUAGAGGGUUUCAGGGCGCUCACUAGUGCUAGCGGCAUUGUGCAUCCGUUCACACUGCAGAUGGUGCCUACGGGCACGCCACCGCUUGGAAUGUGUCCGCGUGCACACACUUGCUUCAACCGCAUCGACUUACCCGUGUAUGAGACCAAGGAGGAUCUCAGCUCAUAUCUAUCACUGGUGAUUCAAAUGGAGAUCACUGGCUUUGGCUUCGAGUAG